AUGGAUUUUGAUGAGCGGGUCCCAGUUGGGUCUAAUAUGUAUUUGCCCGGCAGCUGCACCUAUUACGUCUCGGGGACAGACUUCUCAAGCCUCCCUCCUUUUUUGUCCCACCAGAGUCAGUCUUCUUGUCCCAUGACAUAUUCCUACCCAUCCUCAACUCUGCCACAGCUUCCGUCUGUCAGAGAGGUAGCUUUCAGGGACUAUCAUGACAUUGGUAGCUCCAGUAAAUGGCACCACCAUAGGGUCGGUAUGUCACACUGCUACCCCACUGAGGACACGGUGCAUAGGGACUGUCUAUCAAGCUCGACCUCCUUGGGGGAAAUAUUCACGAGAAAUAACUCCAGUGAUGUCUAUCACACCAGCAGCUCCAAUCCUACAUCAAGUCUCCAGGGCAGUGUGAGUAGGAAUGGAGUGUUACCGCAAGCCUUUGAUCAGUUUUUCGAUACUGCUCAAGGGAGCGCAGACAACACACCAACAAGCGAACACUCCGUGGACAGAACUGCCACCAAACAACCUAUAGUUCCGGUGACCGGUUCCGAAAAGUGCCGGGAUACAGAGGAGGGAACGCCGGGCGAGGUGAGCUGCAGCCCGGUGUCUUCUUCCGGCAACAAUGAGGAGAAAUAUAGCGCCAGCGGUGGACAGAGAACCCGUAAGAAGAGAUGUCCAUACACCAAAUACCAAAUCAGAGAAUUGGAGAGGGAGUUCUUUUUCAGUGUUUACAUCAACAAGGAGAAACGUCUUCAACUUUCGAGGAUGCUCAAUCUCACCGACCGCCAAGUUAAAAUCUGGUUUCAAAACAGGAGGAUGAAAGAGAAGAAACUGAACAGAGACCGUUUGCAGUAUUAUACCACGAACCCUAUGCUGUAA